GGAAAAUUUUGUUCGUGGCAGCGCCUCCGCCUCGUGUGCGUUGGCGUGACACAUACAUAUCCUGUCUGUCCUCCACCGUCCAUGAACGUGGCCAUGACUUCACGUCCUAUAGUUUAUAUCACCCAUUUGUUCAUCCAUAACACACAGGUAUUCCAAUCAUAAAUAUUUGUCGAUCGGCCUCGUGCCAGCUCAACUCCAUCUGGUUCUCAGCUCAUCCUCAACAACGCUCGCAUUGCAACCCUUCUACUACUGGACUCUGGCCUUCCUUCACGGUAACAUCAAUCUUCUUUCUCCUGUCGCUGCCUUCCCUCCAUUUUCUUGCCUCGUGUCGCCGAGCCAGUGUUUGCGUUAACGUACGCGUCGCCUCUUCCUUCGACUGCGUUCGAGCAGCAAACCCGACGGUUCCUUAGACGUCGUUUGUCGUAUUAAGUUGGAGAAGAAGGUAUCGAGCAUCUGCUGCGGCCAUUCAAACUAAGAGGAACACAUGGUCUUCCCUUCUAUAUAGAACCCCGGCCCCAACGAUGGAACAUUAAGCUGAGGGUAAGUGAUAUAUGGAGGAGUUGCGUGAGUCGGAUGUGAUGUGGCCGGACGGAGACGAGCGGCGGCCGUGCGACGCGCAUAAAGCUUGCAGCAGCUCGUCGCGCGCUCGGACUCGGACGACGUCCGCGCCGGUGGCUAUCCCGAGGGCCAGGGGCGCGCCAGUGGUCGACGAGGAGCGGGAGACGGAGCUGGUGCCGCCGCAUGUCCUGGCGUCCCGCGGUAGGACGGUAGGGAAGGCGGCCUUCUCGCUGUGCACGGGGCAGGGGAGGACGCUCAAGGGCAGGGAUCUGAGCCACGUCCGGAACUCCGUGCUCCGGAUGACCGGCUUCCUCGAGGGAUGAGGAUGGAGUUGCAGUGGCGGCGCUGCGGGAGGAAACCAGAACCAACGCUGCGGGGAGAAGCUUCGAUUCAGUCUCUUGUAAUGUACAGCUGAAGAGUGGUGUGUGCUGCCGCAAUCUACUGUAACCGGAAACAGAGUGAAGAAGACAUAAAUGCACCAAAAUUUUCCUCUGUUUUACAUUUUCUUCCAUACUUUUUAGAGUUUGCAUCC